AUGGCAGUGAUAUCCGUUGAUCAUCCACGAUUUGCUGAAGUUGCUGCGUAUAAGGCCUCCAAUUUAUCGAGACUCUACAAUUUCAACAUUUCUGUUGCAUUGAGUGAUGAAUAUAUGAGAUCAUUGAAUUCUAAGGAAUCAACAUAUUGGAAGAACAACAAUCGCACUCCAAGAGAAUUAUUGCAAAUCAUAUCUCAGCAUUGUCAUGCGUGUGGUGAUCCUGGUUUGGUCUUCAUUGAUCGUGUCCAGAGUGCCAAUCGAGAGCUCACUUCAGAUCUUGGACCCAUUCGUGCUGCAGUUCCCUGUGCAAUCAAUCUCAAUGCUCCAACUCUCUUUGAUGAAAGUUCAAAAACUAUUCACUGGAAACGUCUAAAGCGUGUGGUUUCUAUUGCCAUUCGCUUCUUGGAUAAUGUGGUGGAUUUGUUGGAAAUUCCUGAUGAACAAAUGAGAGACGUUUCCAGGCAACUUCGAAGAGUUGGUUUGGGUGUUGCAGGUUGGGCUGAUUUGCUCAAGAAAAUGGAUUAUCAAUACCAGUCACAACAAGCGCUACGAUUGGCGGAUCGCGUAUCGAGAACCAUCACAAAGCAAGCACGCAAAACAAGUGCUUCUCUUGCUCGUGAGAAAGGUGAAUGCACAUACAGAAAGGGAUUCAGAAAUAUCUCUCUCACAUGUGUUCAACCUACUGGUGGCAUUAGUGCUCUUCUUGGUAAUCAAGGUUACUGCAUUGAACCCUUCUUUGCAGAGGCAAAUGAUCUUUCCUCGAAUGCUCAUAUUCAAAUGCAGGCUGCAUGGCAGAAGAAUAUCGAACAAGGUAUUUCAAAGACCAUUAAUAUGCCACACAGUGCAACAGUUGAAGAUAUCUUUCAAGCCUAUGUGUUGGCAUUUGAAAAAGGCUGUAAAGGAAUCACUGUGUAUAGAAAUCAAUGUCGAGAAACUCAGCCAAUAAGAUGUAAAGCGUGCGAGGAGGAUGUUUGUCCUAAAUUGUAG